GUUCUAUUCAAAAACUGCGAAAAAGUAAACAAGCUAUUUACGAAUAAAACGUAAUAAUGCAGCUGCAAGCCAAAUAUUUGCUAUUGUGCCUGUUUGUUGGACUGUUUGGUUCAUAUCGUUGUCUGCCAGCAGACGGAGAAGAAGCAAAGGAAACGACUGUCACUACCGAGGCGGCAACCACUGUAACAGUACCGGUGCCAGACGACAACAAUAAAACUACAACUCAAAUUCCGACUACAUCCACAACCCCGUCAACAACCACAGUGCAACCGACUACAACACCUCCAACACCUCCAACUACUCCAAUAACUUCAACAACCACCACCAAACCAACAACAUCAACUCCAGCUCCAAUCACUACAAGCAGCACCACCACAACAGUAGCUCCAAAUAUAACAACUACCACUGUUGGUCCCACCACAUCGAGCACCACCACACCGGUGCCUUUGACAACUACCACGGCCAAGCCAGCGCCUGUGCCAUGUGGACACUUUGAUGGCUCGUCAUUCAUUGGAGGCAUAGUCCUAACCCUGGGUCUGCUGGCCAUUGGAUUGGUCGCCUACAAGUUCUACAAGGCACGCAAUGAGCGCAAUUACCACACUCUUUGAGCCGCCAACGCGUUCACUUCGGCGUUCAAUGCAGCAGCCGGUGCAACGGCUGUGAACAAUGCCGCCACGGAUGCCGAACGUGUGCGCUUUGUACAGCCAUCGAUUCCGUUGCGUUCACCACCCGCUCAACCGCCACCACCACCACCAACCACAGCAGCAGCACACACAACGCCCUAUCAUCAACAGCUCUUGGCGAGCGCAGCAAAUCAAAACUCAAAUAAUUCACCUUCAGCCAGAGAUCGGCUGCUGCACACGUAAUUUAACUCGGGGUACAAAUGUAAUACAUAACAAAAAAGAACAACAAAAAAA